AUGACUGCAGCUGUGAGACUUCUGAUAGUUUUCAUACUGCAAGGUGUUCUGUGCCAGGAGUGGGCUGUCUUCCUACCUCAAAGUGUGGAGGCUCUGAGUGGCUCCUGUGUAAUAAUUCCCUGCUCCUUCCACCUGUUCACUGGAUACCACUCCUAUUUAAAUCCUUCAUGUAAAGGAAUAUGGAGGAGAGGUUGGAACAGGGUGCAAGUUUAUGAUUCCAGUGUUACCAACACAGAGAACACCAUUCAGGGAAACUUGACGGGAAACCUAGUUCAGAAGGAUUGCACAACAAUAUUAAAUAACUUCCCAUCUCACCUACAGGAUGAUUAUUACUUUAGACUUGAAUGUGGCAAUGCUCUGAAAUUUAAUUUUGCCACAAGUGUCAGCAUAAAAACUAGAGACACUCCUGCCAAACCCUCUCUAACUCCAGGCAGAGUGGAGGUGCUGGAAGGGACUCCAGUGAGUCUGAGUUGCUCUGCUGCAGCCCCCUGCCCCACUUUACCCCCAACUCUGACAUGGACCCCCAGGUUAGGUGACACUGAAGAGAACCUGCAGGAAAACCAAGAUAAUCUCAUGACUUCCGUCCUCACCUUCACUGCUUUGUACCUUCACAAUGGACAGAAGGUCACUUGCACAGCACUUAACCAGAGACAAGAUGGUAACAGGGACUUAUCAACGGAAAGAAGUUUGUUUGUCACUGUUCUUUAUUCUCCCCUGAACACUUCCGUGUCUGUCAGUCCCUCCACUUCAAUAUUAGAGGGCAGUUUAGUGACUCUGACCUGCAACAGUGAUGCCAAUCCAGCUGUGAAAUCCUACAACUGGUACAGAGCGGAUGGGAACCUGGGGAUUUCUGUGGGCUCUAGAAAGAAGCUAACUACCCAAGUCUCUGAGGAAAACAGACAUUUCUACUGUGAAACCAGAAAUGAACAUGGGGCCGAGAACUCGUCUGUUAUUGAAUUAGAUGUCCAGUAUCCUCCAAAGAAGAUCUCAAUUUCCAUCAGCCCCUCAGAUUCAGAGAUAGAGGGCAGCUCUGUGCUUCUGACCUGCAUCAGUGAUGCUAACCCAGAAGUGAAGAACUACACCUGGUACAGAGACAAUGAGGAUGAGAACAUAAUACAAUUUGGACAAAGUUUCAUCAUUGACAGGGUGGAUUCAAGCCACAGUGGAGAGUAUUACUGUGAGGCACUGAAUGAACAUGGGCUGAAAAAAUCAUCAAGCGUUAAACUGGACAUCGAAUAUCCCCCCAGGAACACCUCAGUGUCUGUCAGUCCUUCUGGUUCAGUGGUAGAAGGCAGCUCUGUGAUGCUGACCUGCAGCAGCGAUGCUAACCCAGCUGUGCAGAACUACACCUGGUACAGAGUCAAUGGUUGGAAGAAAAAUAUAGUGGAGUUUGGACCAGAUUUGACCUUUAAUGUGACCAAACUGUCCAGUGAGCAGUUCUAUUGUGAGGCUCUGAAUGACCAUGGAGUUGAAUACUCAGAAGCUAUCAGUGUAGAUGUAACAUUUGCUCCAGAGAUCCUACCAUCUUCCCGUUGCAUUAGAACCACUCAACAUAUUAGAUGUUAUUGCGAAAGUCAAGGGAACCCUUUGCCUGUACUGGAGUGGCAGUUAGAUGGAGAGUCUGCCAAUCAAUCUAAUGAAUUGGCUAUCAAGGAAAAGACCUUGGGAUUUGCCAAGCUGCGUAGCUCCCUCACUGUACGGCAGUCAUUAGAGUAUACACCAACAGUGGUCUGCCUCAGUAACAACUCAAUAGGAUUUGAAAACCUGGCUUUGAAUGUCUCAUCGGUGGCAACCCAGAUAUGGACAGACUUCCACAUAUUCUCUAUCUUGAUUGGAGCAGCGGCGGGAUCUUUGGGGAUGAUGAUCCUUUGUGUCUUCAUACAUCUCAGCCACUGUAAGAGACACUGCCAGAAGUUACCCCAACAAACACCAGAAGACACAGCAGUAACCAAUAAGAUUCUCACUCAAGAGGAAGAUGUAGUCCAUGAGAAUCAACCCAUUCUCGCAGGGCUCCUUGGGGAGGACAGGGAUGGUAAGGGUGACCUUCACUUCGCCGAUGUAGACACCCAAUUCCAGUCCAGGGUGGGGGUCGUCCAGCAGGAGAUGUCAUCCAAGACAUCUGAAUACACAGCCAUCAGUCAACGGUCUCGAGCGGGUAGCCGGGUGGAGGAAAAAGGAGAGAUUGAAGCAGCCCUAAACCAGGGGACGAAAGGAGCCGGACCAGUGCCAGCAGAGGAUGAAGUUCGACAGCUGCAGGGUGGGACCAUUUUCCAGCAUACGGAGGCCCAGCAGGGACAUUCUAAACAGGACAGUCCUCCAAAGACUGGAGUUGAUUAUUUGUCACAGCCGACCACAGAGCAGCAGUUGUGUGAUGGGGAGGUCAUGAAUGGGUCAAGUUCAGACCAUAGCUAGUGUUAAUGGGAGGCAGGAUGAGUCAUUUGAACAUGCUUGAGGAAGAGAAAGGGAGGACGACACACAUGAAAUAGGUUUAGAAGAACAGCUGACAUUUUAUAUGAUGAGGAGUGUGAGUUAAAGAGGUGUGGUUUCUAUAUCUACAUUAUACAAUAUUUAACAAGGUAAUUUGAGGUUUAUUAGGAUUUUUAUAUUUGCCUUUGGAUGCCUACUGAUAUAUGUUAAUAUUAACUGACUAUUGAAUUAUGGACCUGUCAGAAAUGACAAAAUAUGUGCACUUUCAAUAAAUAUGGAAGACCAUAACUAUAUUCUGUAACAAAAUAUUAAUCAAAGGGUGUGUGUGUGACAUGCA